UAUAAUACGGAGUAAAAAGAAGAGAGGUUUACCAGUAAUUUUGAAAAUCCCAUGAUUGUUCCUCUCUUUGUUCAUCUGCAGAAAUUUGAUUUCAAAAGAUAGAACGGAAAAAAAAAAGAGCAGAGAAUUGAUAAUCUAUCCUUGAUCAAGAACAUCUGCUUUGUGGCACAUGAAAUAGGAAGGGCCAAGAAGAAAUGGGUUCAUUGUAUGGGGAAGAAUCAAACAAUUAUCAAUGGAAUGAAGAAAUGGGUUCAUCAAAUGCACAUGAAGAUAAGAUCUUUGUUGCCAUAAGGGUAUUUGGGUGGGAUUGCUCCACAAUGCAAGUUUAUGAAGAAGCUGCUAAAAGGGUAGCUCUCACAGUCCUAACUGGAAUUAACUCAAGCGUCUUUGCCUAUGGCCAGACAAGCAGUGGAAAGACACAUACCAUGUCUGGGAUUACUGAGUUCGCCAUGGCUGAUAUCUUUAACUACGUAAAAAAGCACAAAGAAAGGCAAUAUAAACUCAAGUUUUCUGCUAUGGAGAUCUAUAAUGAGUCAGUCAGGGACCUCCUCAGCUCGGACAGUACGCCACUAAGGCUUCUAGAUGAUCCAGAGAAAGGAACAGUUGUUGAGAGACUUACAGAGGUGAUAGUGAGAGAUUUGGUACAUGUAAAGGAACUUUUGUCCAUCUGUGAAGCACAGAGACGAAUAGGAGAAACCUCUAUGAAUGAAACGAGCUCAAGGUCUCACCAGAUCCUGCGGCUGACUGUUGAAAGUUGUGCUACCCAAAUCUCUCGUUCUCAGAAAGAUAGCAUUUUAUCAGCUUCAGCGGAUUUUGUUGAUCUUGCAGGAAGUGAGCGUGCUUCUCAAACAUUAUCAGCCAAUGCUAGAACCAAAGAGGGCUGCCACAUAAACCGGAGUUUGCUUGCCCUAGGAACUUGUAUUCGUAAACUAAGUAAAGGAAGAAAUGGACACAUCCCAUAUAGAGACUCCAAGCUAACCCGUAUAUUGCAAAACUCACUAGGAGGGAAUGCAAGAACCGCAAUCAUAUGCACCAUGAGCCCUGCUCGCAGUCAGGCUGAGCAGUCAAGAAACACACUCAUGUUUGCAACCUGUGCCAAACAGGUCUCUACAAACGCCCAUGUCAAUGUAGUGAUGACCGAAAAGGCUUUGGUGAGACAGUUGCAGAGUGAAGUGGAAAGACUGGAAACUCAACUGAGAAACUUGGCUGCCUUUACAACUCCAGCAAUGAAGGAGAAGGAAGCUCUUAUUCAAAAGAUGGACUCUGAAAUCAGAGAGUUGAUGCGGCAGCGUGACAUUGCUCAGUCUUGGAUUUAUGAUUUGCUACAUUCAAGAUCAUGGGCUGAGACAAGUUCAGAAUAUCAUUCGGCAUCCGAAGCUUCAGAGACAAUCGAACCGUUUUGGUCAGAUAUUGCGUCUGGUGUAUCACAUUUUUCAGACUCAUUUGAUAGUUUUGCAGAGGUCCCUGAUGACCACUUUUUAUCGGAUGACACCUCUCCCAGUAUCUAUUUUGAUAAGUAUUUCGGUCCGGACCCAUGUAAGGGCUGGGAGAAUGCUACUCAUGAAUACCAUCAGAGUUUGGAAGAUAGCUGGAAGGAAGUCAAAUGCAUCGAAACCGAGUCCAGUUCAAGAAUCGUGGAUGCAACAAAUGAAACUGGAAAGGUAAAUAUUGUGAAAACACCUAAUGAAUCUGAAAAGGACAUAAACGGAAGGCAACAAGAAUGUGAUGAGAAGACUGGGCUCAUGGGCAUUCCUAGAAAUAUCGAAACAGGUUUCGCUACAAAAGUAAGCGAAGAUGUUAAAACUAUGCCUGAGAAGAAACACUGUGAUGAUACAAAAGAUGGCAAGGCUAAAUCUGAAAAGCAACUUUUCCAAUUGCUAUAUGAAGCAGAAGAAAUACACAGGGAAUUUGUAAAAUAUGCAUGUGAGGGUCUAUCUAUAGAAACCCGUUCACAACAAACUCUUCCCAACAGGGCAAUGGAAUUUGAGAGGAAGAUGAAAGAAAUAAUCGAGCUUUGGGAUGAAUGCUAUGUGCCACUCGUCCACCGGACCUAUUUCUUCCUUCUCUUUAAAGGAGACCCUUCAGAUAUGGUUUAUAUGGAGGUGGAGCUUCGACGUCUAUAUUAUCUCAAGAAUAGAUGGUCUCAAGGAGUUGAAGUCAUUAAAGAUGGUCAUGUCUUGACAAGGUCCGCAAGCAUCAAAGCAUUGAAGCAGGAGAGGAAGAUGCUAAGCAGGCAGAUGCGAAAGAAGUGCGGGAGAAGGGAGAGGGAGGCACUGUUCCAUAAAUGGGGCAUAGAUGCGAAAACACGGCAUAGAAGACGACAACUGCGCGAGCUGCUAUGGAAGGACACUCAAGAUAUGGAGCAUGUCCAGGAAAGUGCUUCCCUUGUUGCAAAACUAGUUGGGCUCAUUGAGCCAAGUAGUGCCCCUAAGGAAAUGUUUGGACUCAGCUUUGCCCUUCGACCUAAGAAACCUCGCAAGACAUUUUUAGGGUAUGUGUAGAAAGCAACAGUUUUGUUCUCAUAGUACAGUAGAAAUUAA